AUGAAGUUGAACCAUGACAUAUUAGAACUGGUUUCACAAUGGUCUUGGAAAACCUAUGGAGAAUCACUUGCAAAAGAAAUGAAAACAUUCCUCAAUCCUUACCAUGGCUACUUUCUGAGAAGUUUUGAAAUGGAUUGCUUUGAUUCAUUGGGGAAACUAUGGGCCCGAAAGUAUGCAUUCAAAACAAUUGGUUUCUUGUUGAAGAAUCAAUUUAUUGAUGAGAACAAUGUCAGAGAAAUUUUCCAAGAUGAAGAGAUGGUGAAACAUGUGAUUCUUUACACAAGGGUACUUUUUAAAGAGCAUGGCCUUGGAAACAUUUUUGGGGGUGUAAGAUACUUUACUGAACACUAUAAGUGGACAUCAUUGGACCCCUCCUUCAAGUGUUCUCUUGGCUGA